CUCUUUAUCUCUCUCAUCUCUCUUGCAGUGGCUUCAGUUGGUGAUUCGGACAAGAAGUGGAAAGACAAGGAAGAGUGUCACAUUCUUGUUCCCGCCAGCCAGGCUGCCAACAUUAUUGGGAAGUCUGGGUCCACUAUAAAAAGACUGAGAAGCAAGACAAGGACAAACAUUAAGAUUACUGCAAAGGAUGCUAGCGAUCCCACUCAUUCAUGUGGAAUGGAGUUUGACAACUUUGUUGUGGUAACUGGUGAGCCCGAUGCAGUGAAGAGAGCAUUGUUUGCAAUUUCAGCAAUCAUGUACAAGUUCAGUCCAAAGGAAGAGAUUCCUCUUGACACCAAUGUGCCUGAAGCCCCUCCAAGCAUCAUUAUCCCUUCAGACGUUCCUAUUUAUCAUGCUGGUGGACUCUAUCCAAGUGUAGAUCCUAUUGUCCCAUCCAGAUCUGUUCCUCCUGUCCUAGGUGCUACACAUGUUCCGGAACUUUCAGGGUAUGCUGAUGCAGGGAGCACUUGGCCUGUUUAUUCUUCUGCCCUUCCUGUAGUUUCUGGUUAUGGUGGUACAUCAAGAUCAGAGGAGUUAAUUGUGAGAGUGCUGUGCCCCUCUGACAUGAUUGGCCGCGUUAUUGGCAAGGGAGGGGGUUCAAUAAAAAGUGUGAGACAGGCCAGUGGUGCUCGUAUUGAGGUUGAUGAUAAGGCUGAUCGUUAUGAAUGUAUCAUCUCCAUCACCUCAACAGAGUCCAUGGAUGACAUGAAAUCCAUAGCAGUUGAAGCGGUUUUAUUGCUGCAAGGGAAGAUAAAUGACGAAGAUGAUGACACUGUAACUAUCCGGCUUCUUGUUCCAUCUAAAGUUAUUGGUUGUAUAAUUGGAAAAAGUGGUUCAAUCAUAAAUGAGAUCCGGAAGAGAACUAAAGCUGAUGUCCGUAUCUCCAAAGGCGAGAAGCCUAAGUGUGCUGAUUCCACCGAUGAACUUGUUGAGGUGGUUGGGGAAGUUAGUAGGGUGAGGGAUGCACUUAUUCAAAUCGUUCUGCGGCUUCGAGAUGACGUCUUAAAAGACAGGGAAGGUGGUCAUAAUACUUCUGCUGGUGCCGAUUCUAUGUAUUCUAGUGGUACUGAUUUUUCUAUGCCUUCAGUUUUGCCUAGGGUUCCCCCAGUUGCUCCAAUGGGUUAUGAACAGAGAACUGAAUCUGGGAGUGGCUUAGGCAUGCUUUCUUCAGGCAGCCUUUAUGGAUAUGGAUCUUUAUCAGUGAAACAGGAUCCAAUGGAAGUAAACUCUGUGUUUAUUCCAUCCACCAAAGGUUCAAGCAUUUUUCUGAUUGGUUACUGGAAAUCAUGGCUAUGGGAGACUUGGAUGCUUUCUUUCCUGCUGCAACAUGUGAAUAUGCUCCUAUUGUAGAUGAGAUUUGGAAGGAUCCUGCCAUCCAGGAAACCUACAAGAGAAGGAAAGAAAUUCAUUUGCUUCCAGAUGUUGCCAAAUAUUUCUUAGAUCGGGUCAAGAGGAUAAAUUUUGCCGAGGGGAAGAUCUGAUUCUAGAAGGAAUUUGCAGCUUGAUUUUUGAAAUAGGCCCAAAAUUGAAAUCUUGUUGGAAAUUUUUUAUUUUUUGUAAGAGCAUUUAAAUAUCCAAGUGUGUUGAUUGGUGAAUUUUAGAUUUUAUUUUAUUAUUUUAUUUUUUUUUAGGAUUGGGGUGAAUUUUAUAAUUUAAAUA